AUGUCUCAACUUCGAAAGAGGAGCUGGCGCGACGUGGUCGACCUCACCGGCGAGGACAGUGACCACGAGCCCCCCUCACAGGCAAGAAGACUUUACUACGCGACAUCCACAUCGACCCCGACGCCUACACAAACCUUCGAGCCGGACUCUGUGGACUUGACUCAGGAAGAUGAUGGACCAAUUAGAGAGCUGUACGGGACAUUGGAGGGUCAGCUGACAGGCGAGAAGGAGUUCUACGACUGUCCAGUCAAGCUCUCCUUCUAUGGACCAAGUGAUGCCACACAAAGAGCCACCAUCGAAGCCAAUUUGAAGAAGGACAAUCUCGUGAAAGCAACACAGCUCAAGCAGACUAAGAAGGAUGCUGAAGCUCGGAGGCGCAUUCAAGAUUUGCGGAACGGAGGGUCAACGGCUGGCGUAGGGGAAGCCGUCGUCAUCGAGGACGAGCCAACUGUUACACUUGAGAGCCUACUCAGCAACAGCGAGGCCGUGAACUUUAGGGCAGAUAAGGAUGCGAUCAAAACCUUGGCUCUUAGCGAGCAACAGCUCGCACAGAUGCCUCAGGCGGCACAGCCUCCUCAGCUGUCCGCGACAUUACUACCAUACCAACUGCAAGCGCUGGCGUGGAUGAUGGCAAAGGAGCAUCCUUCGCUUCCCAAUACCGACAAGGAUGAUGCAGUGCAGCUCUGGAGACGGCACCCGAACAAGACUUUGUAUUGGAACAUUGCGACCGACUUCUACACGAAAACGCCACCACAGCUCCUUUCUGGCGGUAUACUUGCCGAUGACAUGGGUCUCGGCAAAACUCUCGAGACGAUCAGCCUUAUUCUUACAGGAGGUCCAGGCUCGACACUGAUUGUCGCCCCUGUGAGUGUGAUGAGCAACUGGGAGCAGCAAAUACAGAGGCAUGUCCGUCAGGAGAACCAACCUUCGACUAUAAUCUACCACGGCGGCAAGAAGCUAACCGCCGAGGAACUGUUGGAAUAUGACGUUGUCAUCACAAGCUAUGGGAAGCUCACGUCAGACAGUAUCUUGACAUCAGACAAGGUGGAGUGGCGGCGCGUGGUUCUCGAUGAAGGCCACACGAUUCGAAACUCGAAGACAAAGGUGGCCAUGGCCGCUUGCAAACUUCAGGCCAAGUCACGCUGGGUCCUCACGGGCACACCAAUCAUCAACCACGUGAAGGAUCUUCAAUCUUUGGUCAGGUUCCUUGGCAUUAGGGGUGGCAUCGAGCAACCACACAUCUUCAACAGCGUGAUAACACGCCGGCUGGGAGACAGUGACCGUGUAGGCGAGGCGCUCCUGCAGAACCUCAUGCAGGACUUAUGCUUAAGGCGCCGAAAGGACAUGAAGUUUGUCGACCUCAAGCUACCUGAGAAGAAGGAGUUUGUACAGCGCAUUCCAUUUUACCCAGAGGAGAAGCAGAAGUACGAUGCGCUACUAGCAGAAGCCAAAGGCGCUUUGGAGCAGUUUCAAGCCAGGAAGAGUGUCCAGACAGGUGGUCGCUUCACCAAUGUGCUUGAACGUCUAUUGCGACUCCGCCAAGUUUGCAACCAUUGGACCCUGUGCAAGUCUCGCGUGGAGGAUCUUAUGCGUCUGCUGGAAGACGAGGACGUUGUCGAACUGACGCCGAAGAACACUGCACUGCUCCAAGAAGCUCUCAGACUCUACAUUGAGUCGCAAGAAGACUGCGCCAUCUGCUACGAUACUCCUGUUGCACCAGUCAUCACACACUGCAAGCACGUCUUCUGCCGCGGAUGCAUAACGCGCGCAAUUCAGAUCCAACACAAGUGCCCCAUGUGUCGCAACCAGCUAGAAGAAGAUCACCUCCUCGAACCGGCCCCGGAAGAAGGCGAGGCCGAUGUCAACUUCGACGGCGAGACGCAGAGCUCCAAGACUGAAGCAAUCACCCAGAUCAUCAAGGCGGUUACGAACAAGCGCGGUUCCAAAGCCAUCGUCUUCUCACAGUGGACGAGCUUCCUGACCGUCGUGCAAGCCCAGCUUGAAGCAAAGGGGAUCAAGUUCACCAGGAUUGAUGGUAGCAUGAACGUUGCCAAACGCGAUCAAGCCAUCGCUGCGCUAGACAACGACGACGAGACACGAGUCAUGCUCGCAAGGUGGGCGCCUGCAAUCGAGGACCAGGCUAUUGACCGCGUGCAUCGACUAGGGCAAACGCGCGAGACGACAGUCUUCCGUCUUGUGAUGGAAGGAUCGGUGGAGGACCGAGUACUGGACAUUCAGCGCGACAAGAGGGAGAUUGUCAGCAAGGCUUUCCAUGAGAAAGGAGAGAACAAGAAGGCUAAGGAGACGCGCCUGGCUGACCUGCAGAAACUCCUGAGUUGA